GGCCAACCUCGUGUCGUGCUAUCCUCGUUUUUUUCCACCAACCAGUCGUUAGUAGGCGUCUGAGAAAAAGACAGCUUCGGUCAGGCAGCAGAAGUGUCAUUAGAAAAAUCGAAGUUCGCUUCUAUCAAAAUUGGUUUUUGAUCUUCUUUUAACAAACAAAAAAAAUGGGAAUCCCCGCUGGCAACGCUGAAAAUGGAAAGAAAAUCUUUGUCCAAAGAUGUGCACAAUGUCACACUGUUGAAGCAGGCGGCAAACAUAAAGUGGGCCCCAAUCUGAAUGGCUUCUUUGGUCGCAAGACUGGUCAGGCGGCUGGAUUCUCAUACUCAGAUGCCAACAAAGCCAAGGGCAUCUCCUGGAAUGAGGACACCUUAUUUGAGUACUUGGAGAACCCUAAGAAAUACAUCCCUGGAACCAAAAUGGUGUUUGCGGGUCUAAAGAAGGCCAACGAGCGUGCAGACCUCAUCGCCUACCUAAAAGAAGCAACAAAGUAAAAUAUGUCUCACAUUUUAGAAGAAAUUAAAAUAGGAAGUGCUCUCUAAAUUCAUUCUGGAAAACACUUCUUAUUUUGCCCAAUCAGUAUCUGCAAUGUUGAAAUUGCACAAUACAUAGGAAAUAUUAAUUUAUUGUUAACCAUGUAAUGAAAAAUAGAUGCUGUGAAUUAAAGUUAACGUAUGGUGUUCUCUGUUCACUAGUUGACAAUGUUGUGAAAACUGUAUUAAAUUGAUAACAAACGUCACUUAGUUUUUCAUUUGAAAGAAUUCCUCUCAAUGUUAAAGUAAUAUGAACUUAAAUGUCGUCUCUUGUUACCAAUUAGCAUAAAUCUUAUUUAAAUUAUUAUAUUUAAUAAAGGAAUUUAAGUUCUGUUA